UCCCCUCUGGAAGUGGGUAUUUGGGUGCAUGCAAGAGACAGAGAAGCACCAAGCAAUCACCAGUACACUCGAGCACAGUGUUAUUUCACGUGCUCUCCAGUCUCAAGGUCCAACGUCAGAGACACCGGCAGGAUCUCACCCAGCUGACCGCCCCCAGUGCACCAGGGGUCCCCAGUGCUGUGCGCUCAGGGAUGGGCAGCGCAGCCAAAAACCUUCUCCUGGCCCCAAACCCAGGCACCCCAAGGCAGUUGCACGAUGGGCACCCUCACUUUGGGUUGUAAAGGGGUCGGACAGGCUCUGUCGGGCAGGAGGUGGGCACCUUUCCCACAGCUCUCACUUCCCGGGCAGACUUGUCCACGCCAGGGAUGGAUAAUUGCCAUGUUUCAAUCCCCGGGCACUCUUGGGUAUCGUCGUUUUUUUUUUGUGUCACUGCUGUUUGGUUGUCAUCACAAGUCAAACCUGAUGAUUCAGGAAGUACCAUUUUUGAUGUAGUUUUGAAACACGCUUCUGUUAACCAAAGCAUCUUUCUGUUGUGGGAUUGCUGGAGACAAACGCCUAUGGGGAAAUAUUCCAGGCUGGAAAAAAAAAAAAAAAAGAGAGAGAGAAAACUAGCCAGGUCACAAGGAGGAAGAAUAAACAGCCCUUCUCCAGCGCUAACAUCCACGGGGAAGGGUAUAAAUAGGCAGCUGUGGGGACAGAGGGAUGGCAGCCUGAUCCCGCGGCGAUCUGUGCAGCUUGCCUUGGGCUCUGGGCUGGAUCCUCGCUGCUCUCAGGAUGAGCUGCGCCGUCAGGCAGGUCGUCACUGCCUGCUCCCAAGUCAGGAGCAGCGCCGGCAGCUCGGCAGCUGGGGCUGGCAGAAAGGUCUCCUCCGCCUCCUCGGGCAGACACGCCGCCUGUGACUUCGUGGCUGCAGCCGGCAACUUUUCGGGAGGCAGCUCCAGCGAGGGAUUCCUUGGGAAGCCGCUGAGCGCCGGCAGUGCGGCCGGUGGGAACUUCGGAGCCGCGCCGAGGGCUUGUUCCACCAUCGGAUUUGGCGGCGGGGGCAUGUGUGCUCGUGGUGUCGCUGGGGGCUUCGCCAGGGCUGGCGCUGGCUGCGGAGAGGGGAUCCUGUUCGCUAACAAUGAAAAGGCCACCAUGCAGAACCUCAACGACCGCCUGGCCUCCUACCUGGACAAGGUGCGGCUCCUGGAGGGAGAAAACGCGGAUCUCGAGUGCAAGAUCAGGGAGUGGUACGCCAAAGUAGGGCCCAGCUGCGAGCCGCGUGACUACAGCUGCUUUCAUAAGGAAAUCGAAGAUCUUCAAAACCAGAUCCUGUGUGCAGCUAUGGAGACCAACAAAAUCCUGCUGAACAUUGACAACAACAGGAUGACUGCCGACGACUUCAGAGUGAAGUACGAGACCGAAUGUGGCCUCCGGCAAAACGUGGACGCAGACAUCUGCAACCUACGGCCCGUCCUGGACCAGCUGGCCAGCUGCAAGACCGACCUGCAGCUGCAGUGCGAGGCUUUGACCGAGGAGAUGUGCUGUCUCAAGACGAACCACGAGGAGGAAAUGAGCUGCCUGAGGAAACAGGCGACGGGCGAUGUGAGCGUGGAGGUCAACGCCUGCCCCGGCCCGGACCUGAGGAAGAUCCUGGAGGACCUGAGGUGUCAGUAUGAAACGCUGAUGGAGCGCAACCGCAAAGAGACCGAGCAGUGGUAUGCCUGCAAGGUGGAGGAGGUGAACCUGGAGGUCAUCACAAGCAGCCAGGAGAUAGAGUCAAGCAACAAACAGGUCACUGAGCUGAGACGCCAGCUGCAGGCCUUGGAGAUCAAUGUGCAAGCCCAGCUCACCAUGAAAGAAAAUCUGGAGUCCUCCUUGGCAGAAACCGAAUGCCGCUACAACAAAUACCUUGCUGAGCUCCAGAGCCAGAUCUCCUGCGUGGAGCAGCGGCUGGCCGAAAUACGGGCAGAGAUGGAGUGCCAGAACCAGGAGUACAAGACCCUGCUGGACGUCAAGUGCCGCCUGGAGCAGGAGAUCCAGACCUACCACUGCCUGCUGGAGGGCGGGCAGCACGACAUCAUGUACGCAGACUGCAGACAAAGCGGGACGCAGUAAAACCUCCAGGCUUUGACUAGGGGAUACAGGAAAACGUGAGAUACAAGGGGUAAAAACAACGCUGCGGUGAGCAACCAGUAGUGACCUGUUACCAGACAGGGCUGGGAAGCAAAUCACGAGGCACCUGAGGAGUUGGCUCUGCUCAAUGUCCUGGGUGCGAGCUGAAGAUCACUCUCUCCUCCUGGGGCAGUGCAGGUAGCUGGAGAGCCCACCAAGCCCACCGCCGCCACCCGGCACGGCGUGGCACCUCGCCACCUUCCAGGGAGGUUUUCAGCAUGAGCUGGGCAAGGGCUUUUAUGAAAACUGCCAUUUUAACCGAGCUUUAUUGGCUUUGCCACUGCUUGACAGGAUUAGGGACUGGCAGUUAAACUAACUGAAACAAUAAAUUAUCUAAACAUUUUCAGUUUUGCACAACAAUUUUAAUUACAGUUUGGGGAAAUUUAAUUUGUAUGCAAAGCAGUUGGCUCUUCCCUGCUUCCCAUUGACGGAGAUUUUGAAAGAGAGAGGCAUGCUGUUAAUAUCAUAAAGAGCAGCAGACACACAUAACCAGCCCGAGCACCCACCUGCUCCAUUGGUUUGGAAAAAGGUAUUUUAAUGGUAGUGCCCCGAAGCGGGCUCUCCUGGGCCCUCCAGUCCUAAAUUAGUUACAUGAAAAAUCGGCUCUUGUUCCAAAAUGCCAGUUGCAGUGGCUGAAAUGAAUUGUUAGAGCUCGUCGCAGAGCCUCAGGCAGUCCCGAGUGUCAGGACAGACAGGGGGGAUGGAAGGUGUGCGAAAUGUUGCUCCUAAUGACCCUCGUGGCUCGAAGGGGAAACGGGACCUCAGCUGUGCCUCUGCCCCCUACGAGGCCACCAGAGGCUGAAGGGACACGGGGACAACUGCCUGGCACGGGGCAGUUCUCCAGGGUGGGACUGACGGGGGCUUUUCUUACCAGAGCUGUCUCCCUUCCACAGAGGGCCAGCGGGAAGAGGAGUCCCUGGAGUCCCACCGGCUGCAAGAAGCGGGGGGCUUAAAGCCAGCCUGUGCCAGCCGUGCCUGUCCUAAGGCUCUGGGGAGAGCAGGCAAGGUGAGGUGUCCUCCAGGAGCCU